AAUCUCUCCAAGCCCGAAAAAGUUGUCAAACAGAGCCAACCAUCUGAUGGAUUGAGUUGGUCUCCUUUCAUUCAGUCGACGUUUCUGGACCAUGGACUGAAUCCCCCUGGGUCUACCCACAAUCAUGGCCAGUAGCAAACUCCAAGGACUGACCCAAUUCUGGCAAGCCUUCGACCUACCCUCGGUUCAAGGCCAAUUAGACGAAGUGGCCACGGACAUCACGGCCCGCCAAGAUGCCAGUGAUGUCUCGAAGAAAUCCCUCAUCGAUCUCACCCGUGAAUUCAAGAAGAGCAACGACGAAGAGACCCGAUCCGCCGUGGCGCCCUUGAUUAAAAGCUUUCAAAACGAAGUGGAUGCCCUGUCCAAGCGCAGCAAGGCCGCGGAAAAGGCCUUUUUCGACUUGUACAAGAAGCUAGCCGAUGUGGCCGAUCCGGUACCGGUUUUAGAACACACGCUAGAAGCUCAGAAAAGCCUGUCCAAGUUGCAGGAUUAUGAGAUCGAGACGAAACAGUUGCGCGAGACCAUUCAGGAUUACAAUAAAGAGAUCCAGGAUUACAAGGUCAAGGAGAAGAAGCUGACUGAGCUGCAGGCCAAGGUGGAGGCGUAUGAUCGGAAUAUCGAUCAAACCUUGCAAGAACGCAUCAAGGAUGUGUCGGAGCGAAUGUUGGAAGAAUAUAAUGGAAAGCUUCGCCGGGUAGAAGAAGAUAAGGCCAUUUUGGCGGCUAGAAAUGAGGAAACCUCCCAGAAGUAUCACCAAACUCAGAGACAGCUCAAUGAGGUGCAAACCGAAUUGUUCGAAGCUUUGAGUAAACGAGAAGAGUCAAGAAAUGCAAAAAGUGAGGAAGUGGACAUCCUCAUGAAUGACCUGGAAACCUGUCAGAUCCGAGCCAAUACGGCCGAACGAGAAAUUGAUCAUUUGCGGGACGAAUUGAAGCACUUGAAGAAAGAGUUGAGCGAUAGAGAACAACACAUGCCGGAAGAGAAGAUCAAUCCGGAUCUGAUGGAAGAGCUCGAGUCCAAGAAAGCCGAGGUGAAGCAACUGAUGGACGAAACGAAUCAUUUGAAAGAAGAAAAAGAACGGGACAAGGUCAAAUGGGGCGACAUGAUUGAGGAGCAUCAAAUCGAAAUUCACCGUUUGAGGUCCUCAGUCGAAUCCAUGAGCGAGGCCUUGUCCUCACAAUCCGAUUAUGAGAGCAUCAAACGUGACUUAGAAAUCUUGCAGUCCCACGAGUUUCCCAAUGAAAACCUGAAUCUGAGCACCAAACGCCCAUUGGAGGUAAUGAUCUUGGAAAAGUCGAAAGUACUUCAAGCUGAGAAUGCCAACUUGAGGAUCGAUCGCGACAAAAUCGCCAAUGAGCUGGAGCUCCUGAGGAAUCGCCUCGAAGAGACUUCCAAGGAAGCUGAGACCAAAGGCAAGCUCGCUUCCGAACUUGAGGAGCACGUGGCCCGACUUCAACAAAUCUCGACUGUGAAUCGGGGAGAGGCUGAGGGGCGAUCAUCGGCGGACAUUCUGGUCGACGCCCUCGACCUUGGUUCUGACCUUGAUUAUCCUCCAAGCUCGACGACGCCUUUGGACGGGGAAUACGAUUCGUCCGUGGCUUUACUUCCAAUCGUGCAAGCUCAAAGAGAGCGAUAUCGUCAACGGAACGAAGAGUUGGAGGAGAGCUUUUCCAAGCAAUCCCAGCAACUCGUUCUCCUUCAGAAUCAGGUUCAAGACCUCCAGAGUGAUAAUGUGAAGCUAUAUGAGAAAAUACGAUAUCUCCAAGGCUAUGGGGGUCAUAGAGAUGCAUUGAAUAAUCAGGCGACCGGGUCCGUGGAAUCUCGCUACAAGACGCAAUACGACCAAAAGAUGGACCCAUUCUCGAGUUUCUCGCAGCAAGAAAAACAGAAACGUUAUGGGCAGCUCAAUGUCUUUGAGAAAAUCAUAUUGUCAUUUGUUCAAAUCAUCCUGUCGAACAAAACCGCCCGACUCUUCGUGUUUGCUUAUUCGAUGCUUCUCCAUGGCCUUGUGUUCAUGGUCUUGAUGAAAUUGGCUUACAGUGACGCCAAUCGACGCGAUUUGGCAGCCGAGUGGCAUGAGAAGUACAUGAACCAUAUGGAAGACGUCCAUGGUCACCAGGAUAAUCACGGAUAAUUUGUUCAUAAUUUCCCACAUUUCCAAAGCCAGAUUUUAACCCUUGGUCAAUGCCGCACGCGUGGUUCCAGUACUUUUGUGGCCUUUAUGCACUUUACCUGUUUAUGAUGCAGUGUGAGAUGUUCAGUUUCCAUUAUUGAAUAGAAAUAUAUAUUUUGGCCAACAAAAGCCAUGACUACAUAAGA